GCACACCAUUGCCAGUUUGUUUUCAUUUUCAAUUUCGUGUCGGGUUCAUUCUAUUUUUUGCAUCGGAGGCGCGCAUUUCAAUUAAAAGAGCGCUAUUGUUUCGUUAACCGUUCAGAACUAUAAACACGAUAAACAUUGCACAGUUAAAACCCUAUUAUAGCUAUAAAAUAAACAUCCAACCCAGAAGUGAAAAAUAACCAAUAAACAGUGCAUGCUAUUUUAAAAACUCUAAAAAUCUAUCGUUAUUUUAACCGAAAACCUGUAAAAAAGUCUAUAAAACCAAGAGAAAUUAACGCGUGUAAUCGAAAAUCGUACGAGUAUUUAAUCAUCACCGAAGGCGAAUGUCGAAAAGUGUUCCGAGGUCAAUGUUUCUGUUUCUGCUGCUGGCAACUCAUCGUUUAAAUUAAAUACACAAUCUGCAGCGAGUUCACCGAGCAGGCGGAUAAAGGACGACCCACUCAAACUGCUGAACUCGAUUGGACUAAAAAGGAACCCAAAGCCCAAAGCCCAUACCCACACCCAAAAAGCCAAAGCCAGCCAAACCAAUUGGACGCCAACGCCAAUUUUAACUACUGUUGGCGGCGCCAGCAGCGAAUAGCGAAUAAUUGAAUCAUAAAGGACACGGACGGGCCACCGAAAGGAUCCAGAUCCAGAAUUCAGGAUCAACAAAGCCGAGCAAAUAAUUGCUAUAUAGUAGUGUGCACGCGGCUCCAGCAUUUUCCCCAUUUCCGGUUCCGGCGAAGGGGGAGUGGCCGCCCAUUGCAAAGAAGGCAGAGGCUGCAGGGAAAUGACAGCCGUCCUGCUUUAAUUAAAGCCGGGACGUGGGCGUGGGGCGUGAGGCCCAAAAGUGUGCGCUGCAAUAAAAGUAGGAAAUUGAAACGCAAUGUGGCUGAUGCCGCGGACCGUGGACAACGCAACAAAGUGGACGAAAUUGCUUUUGGAACAGAAGAGGAUAGCAGGUAGCAGCAGCAGGGAAGGCAUUAAUUUUGAUUAAAUUCACCUGAACAUUCACAUUCAAACCAACCAAACUACCAACUAACUACCCACUACCGAGUGAAAUAUUAGCCAAAAUAAAAGAAAGAAAAAAAGGUAGCGAACAUUUUAAGCGAAUAUUUCAAGCAGCCUGGUGACUGGUGUGCAUGAAAUUCCUUGAAGCCGGAGCAGGAGCAUCAGCAGGAGGCAUCUUGUGGCAGAGUCGGUUUUGCGUGCCGCAGGCAUUUGCAACAGCCACACAUGAACACGUCCCUGUGACAGGAGGAGGUGGAGAAGGAGAAGGAGGCGACGGCGACGGCGACGGCGAAGGCGAAGUCGGGACCCCAGCCAAACAGCAUAAUUUCGUCAACGGCAGCCGGUUGAACUGUCGCCGGCAGAGCGCAUAACCCACCAUUCCCCCGGGAUCCAGAACCCGAAACCCCGUACCCCCAACCCAAUUCCAGCCCACGUCAUCAGCAGAAGGAGCAGGAGCAGCAGGAAAGGCGUCCCUGUCACAGUCAGCAACGGUUGUCAGCAAGGAUCAGAAUCAGGAAUCAGGAGCAGAAGCAGGAACCGGAGCAGGAAUAGCUAUCCAAGCCAAGCCCAAACCCCUUCCAUUCCAGCACCAACGCCCCGAUGAAUCUGCUGUGCUGCUGCUGUUGCAGUAACAUGGCACCAAACCAGCGCGUCACACGCAAAUGGGAACUGUUUGCCGGACGCAAUAAAUUCUACUGCGAUGGAUUGCUAAUGUCCGCACCGCACACAGGCGUCUUCUACUUGACGUGCAUCCUGAUUACCGGCACCAGUGCGCUCUUCUUUGCCUUCGACUGUCCCUUUCUGGCGGACAGCAUAAAUCCUGCCAUUCCGAUUGUGGGAGCGGUCCUCUACUUCUUCACGAUGAGCUCCUUGCUGCGCACAACCUUCACGGAUCCGGGCGUCAUACCGCGAGCCUCCAACGAUGAGGCCGCCUAUAUCGAAAAGCAAAUUGAGGUGCCAAACUCGCUGAACAGCCCCACAUAUCGACCGCCGCCAAGGACCAAGGAGGUCCUGGUCAAGGGCCAGACGGUCAAGCUGAAAUACUGCUUCACCUGCAAGAUCUUCCGGCCGCCGAGGGCCUCGCAUUGCAGCCUCUGCGAUAACUGCGUGGACCGCUUCGAUCACCACUGUCCCUGGGUGGGAAACUGCGUGGGCAAGCGGAAUUAUCGGUUCUUUUAUUUGUUUCUAGUCUCAUUGGCAUUUUUAGCUGUAUUUAUAUUCUCGUGCUCUGUGACGCAUUUAGUUUUAUUGAUGAAAAAGGAGCAUGAGGUCUUUAAUGUAAUCAAGAAGGCGCCCUUCACUGUGAUUGUUGUGUUCAUUUGCUUCUUCUCGAUAUGGUCGGUGAUCGGCCUCGCCGGCUUCCAUACCUAUUUGACGACGAGCAAUCAGACGACCAACGAGGAUCUCAAGGGAUCCUUCUCCUCCAAAGGCGGUCCUCGCACCCAGAAUCCCUAUUCGCGGGGGAACAUCUGCCUGAAUUGCUGCCACAUCCUGUGCGGACCCAUGACGCCCUCGCUGAUCGAUAGACGCGGCAUCGCCACCGACGAGUGGCAGCAGAUGCAGCACCAAUCGAGUCCGCGGCACGCACUGAGCGACGUGCUGAGUGCCUCGCACAUGGUCACCACCUCGCAGCCCAUCAUAGGCGGCGGAGUAGGUGGUAUCGGUGGUGCCGGCGGCGGGAUCAGCAUUGGUGGGGCGGAGCUGAAGCCCCGGUUCUACGACGAGUCCAAUCCCUCCUCCGCGACACUGGAGGGCAACGGAGGUGCCAUCAAUGGGCAUGGGAACGGCCAUGGGAAUGGCCACGGGAAUGGCCAUGGCAACGGCUUCGAUCAUCCGCCGCCCAGUUACGACCUGGUCCAAAACGGUAAGUCCCGCAAGCAGCACCAGCAGCGCUGCUCCCUGCAAACCCUGCUGCCAGCCAGUGCCCAGCAGCAGUUCAAGGCCAGCAAGCACAAGCACAAGCAGCUGAAGCAGCACCUGGUGGCCGCCGAGUUGCAGCAGCAGCACGAGGGUUCCGGUCUGGGUCCAGGCAUGGGUCCCAAUUCCCCCUCGCUCCUGCGCUCGCCGGCCGCGUCCUCCUCGUACCGGUUGAACCUGAAGCGAUCGCUGCACCUGCCGCUGACACCGUCGUACGACGACGUUCGUCACUCGCCGCUCCCGCUGCUGCAUCAUCAUGUCCACGCGCAGCAGACCACCGCUAUUGGCAGCGUGGCAGCAGCGGCUGCGGCGGUGGCAUCGGGCGCCAGCGGUGGAACGGGUGGAUCCUCCUCCUCUGCCGCCACCACCACCGCACCCACUUCGGUGUCCGUGUCUUUGGCCACGGUUCCGCCACCGCUGGCGCCGCGACGACCGUCGACGCUGCAGCUGCAGGCCAGCGGAGCAAUCUCUGCCAGCAACAGCACCCUGACCACCAUACACACCACGGCGCCACAGCCGCCGGCUCCGACGGAUUUCAAAUACUACUCGCCGCAACGCAGCACGGACUCGAAUUUGAUGAGGAACUACCCAUUCCCGAAGCAGGCACGUGGUAUGCGUCGCCAAUCGACGAUGUCGGUGGACUCGCAAAAGGUCAAUAUAGCCGGAUAUCAACCGCUGCCCAUGAGGAAACCCUAUAAGCACCAGGAGGUGAUGUUCGAACUGAAAUCGCCGACCAACCGGCUGACAAUUCGCGAGUGCGACUUUGGCGGUGGCGGUGAACCCUGCGAUGACGAUCAGUCGAUCAAGGACAGCCAGAUCUUUCGUGUUAGUAAACGAAAUCUUUAUAUGAAUCACCGGUCGCCGUGGAAGGAGCGCGACCGCUACUCGAAUCUCUACGAGUAUUCGUUCAACAUCGAUCUCAACUCGAUCAUCGAGGAUGCGGCGGGCAGCGACUCGUCAUAGUACGCAGCAGCAGUCCGCUGCUCCGCCGCCCCAGGCCACGGCCACGCCCACUCGGUCCGCUUCCGACUGCGAUCUGUUGUCCGGUUCGGUGGGCUGGUCCGCCUCCAAGUCAUCCUCCUCGAUCGGUUGUUGGGCGCUGUACAUACGGCCGGGUUCGGAUCCGGACCCUGGCCAGCCCGAUUCCUACUGCUUCCACGCUUUUGCUAAGGCGACCCACUCAGAGGUCCAGUUUUAUUUGGAGCUUCUAUCCUGAACUAUGGACUCGUGGGCAGCUAUUCGAAUAUGAUUUAAUUAGGACUUUGUUUAGGCUUUAAUGUAAGGGCUUAUCUGGGUUUUAAAUAUAUUUCUUUGGUUAGUUUGCAAUGUACAUAAUUUAAUCAAGGCUGCAAAACAUUUAAGAACCGAACUCCCUUAAAACGGUUCGGGUGUUUCAAAAUUAAGUGUUUUUAAAAGUAUAUUUAAUGGAGAGUAAUCAAGUCAAAUUAUUUUAAAGACUAUAAUAACAAAACUCACCUUUUGAAAUCCCGUUUUUGAGUAAUAAUUUUAAAAUAUGAUUUCAUAUUUUAUGACUUUUUUUAAAAAUAAAUAAAUAAAAACGCUUGCUGGUAAAGUUAAAAUUAGAUUACUUAUAAAUUCUGAUAAAAUCAUAAUAUAUAACAAAAAAAAUCAUGAUUCAACAGCUAACCUUGUUUUGUUUUGACCCCUUAUCAAAGGAAAUACUUUUCUUUCGACUUGCAAAGUAAAUAUUUUGCUCAACUGAACGUUCAGAACCAACGGACCGAAUAAAUUUAAAAGUUUGCAGCCUUGAUUUUAACUUUGAGGGAAUCUAUCACAGUCUGAUUGUGGCACAUUUGUGAGACUCACUUGGCUUCCAUGAUGCGCUUAGAUGCUAGAGAACUGUAACUGCUGCCGAAUUUGUGUUUGCACCCCUUGUAGAAGUCGAACUUGUAUGUAUGAUUUUUGUUUAAAUGUUUGAAACCCCCUGCCAACCGCUGUAGACUCCCCCCGUUCGUUCCCCCCGCCAACAAAAUAAAACUAACUUGGUUCAUAGAAACUUUUGCGUUUAUAUAGCACCUGCUUCCCAGGCUAGGUGCGUCGGAUCUCUUCUGCUGCAAAUGCGAUUGCAAUAGAGGAGCUUCGGCGCCAGGGGCCGCAAAUGCCACCCAUGUAUAUGUAUCCACCUUGGUCUACGUCCCAGCGCCGCCACCUCCAAUAGUGAAGACACCAACUAACCAACUAACCAACCAACCAAGCAACCUACUAACCAGAACACCAGAAAACCAAAUAACCAUCAAACCAGUAAACCAACAUCCCAAGCCAAGCAUGUUUGACUUUGUUCGCCUAGUAAAAUGCUUAAGUUUUGAUUUUUGUUGGGAACCUCGUGAGAAUCCCACGGCUAAAUGGCCUCUAAAUGAUCAUUGCAGUCACUUGGGCCCUAAGUUGAAUAGUUUCUGAAUAAUUUGGAAGGUUUCAACCGAACAAAGAUUAAGAACGAAAAACUUUAACUUGCAAUUAGAAGAAGAUGGGAAAAAUUAGCAAAACACUUAAUGAGCCAAAAUAACUGCCAUUUAUCGAAGCAACAUUUUGUUAGGACUUUUUUCAUUUUUACAAUGAAAAUUAAAAUUAAAAUUUAAUGUAAACAUAUAAAAUAAACAUGGAAUUCAAUAAGAAUUUGAUAAACUAUGUAUCAGUGUUAAGAGUGUCAUUUUUAAACUACUAGUGGAAUACAAAAAAAUUGUUGCAAACGGAUCCGAAUAUCAAAUAUCGAAAAUAAUAAAUUAAUCUUGAAUAUUGGAACAUUGCCAAGUGACUGCUGCAAAUAAUUAGCAAUAAAUCGAAUACCGAACAAUGCGUUGAAAUUGAAAUGAAAAUGAAAAAUUGAAAUUGAAAAUAUUUAUACCUAGUUGUAAUAGUUGAAAACAUUUCUCGGGCAGGAGAUUGCUGGACUUUUGGGUAGGUGAAAAUCGUAAAGCGUAUUAGCGUACAUAUUGUGUAAGCCAGCUUAAAGAAAUAAUUGCGGUUCAAAUGCCGCCUACAAGGCUUUAAAUCUUGAGCAUUAACAAUAUUAUGGGUUCCUUUUAUAAUUAAUUGCAAGUGUAAUACGCAUUAGCCAGGUAAUUGAAGUUGUAGGUAGUUAUAUAUAUUAUAUAUAUAUAUAUAUUUCAUGCUAAGUCGAAGCGUGAAAGCGAGUGUUAACUGAUGAAAAAGUAAAUUUAUAUACUUAUAUAUACACAAAAUAUGUACGGUUAAAUGUUGGGCAAUAAAGUGUAUCUAGCGUAUGUUUAAAAUUGAUCCGAAUGAAAUGAUCUAUAACUAUAUAUAAGUACUAAUCCCGAUGUUGAAGCGUAUCGCACCCUUUCAGGAAGAUCGUGAGACCUACUUGCGAUCCUGAAGAGAUUAUUGGAACCAUAUGUAUGACUCCCCCGAAUCACCCACACACAUAGACACAAAGUGGAGGGCUUUGGGCUUGAAGCUUACGAUUUUUAGUUCCUCUCCCCUCCUCAUUUCCCCACUAUCUUUAGGUUCCCUGAUUUUGAUUCUGACUGGCAAAGCGCGCACACAUCCACCAAAAGCUAUAAUCCUCCUCUUGAUUUAUCGCACACUAAUGUCAAACUCUUUCUGUAUCUUUCAACUUGACUCUGGGAAAAAAAAAAUACAAUACUUGCAAAUUUGUGUCUGUAACUAUUUUGUGAAACUAACCAAACCGUAAAAAAACCAAAACAAAAACUGCAAUUGAGCGAAAGUUGUCGAGGGCCGCUUAAGACUAGAGUAAAAAUGCAUUUUAAGCCUUAAUU